GCCAGUGCGCAUGCGCAUUAGGUAAACGUACAAAACUCACAGCGUCAUCUAGUGACCUGGCAUGGUAACUACAGCGAACUUGGGGGGGGGUUAUGCGGUUGCGUCUGAAAAACUGUGCGUGAAGGAGCACUACAGAUGCCAUAUUUGCUUUGAGGAUGCUAAUGGAGAAGUACAGAGAGGGUCAACUUGAUUGUGUCUUUGUGGAUUUAGAAAGAACAUAGACAGGAGGCGGAGGGACCAGCUUGGAGGAGUGAUCCCCUGCUCCCUCAGAUCACUCCGCUGCUCCCGUUUCCACCUCCUCCGCCUCCUCCUCUUUCCCGUUGUCACUCACGCCUUGUGAAACACGCGUGUCCUCUUCAGGCCUGCUUCCACACCAAAUAAAGCCAAACACAGCAAACUUGUUGAGCAUUUGACUUUGAUGCUAGGUUGAGAGCAACACUUAUACCAAGGAAGAUGUCUAAGAAGAUCUCCCAGUUCUCUGUCAAGGAUCAGUUGGAGCACGAUCAGCCUCCUAGUCAUGGUCAGGCUGAUCAACCCGCAAAAGCAGCGCUGGGUUCUAGGAAGAAGACCGAACCUGGCCAGAAAAAUGGAGACACUUCGUCAUCCCCUGAGAACGGAAGCUUGAAUGGAGAUGGAAAGCGCAGCGGGAAAAGCCGCCGCCGCAGGAAACGUUCUUCCAAUGCUGGGAGUUGCCCAGAGGGGAAGACGGGUGAAGUGAAGAACGAAGAAAAACCAGACGAGCAAAGCAGACACGCACCCGACCAGCGUGCGGUGUUGAUGGGUUUGCAGUCGGAGUGUGGCAACGUGUGGUUUGAACGCAACAUUUACGAGCAUGCGGAGAACGUGUACCAUUGCUGGCUGGCAAACAAACGUCCCAAACAAGCAUCCCAAACAAACCCCUCUCAUCAGACCUCAGGAAAACGUUCAAACACUCCAUCCACUGUGGCUCCAUCUUCCUCAAGACCGGCGUGCCACCACAGUGAUCAGGUGGCUUGCCACCAUGUCGUACAGAUGGCGUGGAUCAACAAGACGACUUUUGACCUGGCAGAAUGCUGCUUUGUUGAAGAAUCUGUUCAACAAUCAGUCCCAAAGUCUCUAAACCUACAGCGUCCGUCUAGUCCCUCCACAGCAUCGAGAACACCCGAUGAAGGGUAUCAGUCUUUGGCCCCGACUCCUGCAACGCCUGUCCAGCAAGCUGUGGUCACACCAACCGCUCAGCAGUCCAUUAACGGCCUGCCUCGCAUCCCGGUGGAGUUGCUGAGAGAAGUGUGGUUGGACAAACCUCGGUAUGAUCGCGCUGAAGCAGCCUUUUACCAAAAUCUCUACGGCAACAACUCCUUCAAGCGUCCAAGCUGUCCCUCCACCUCCAGAAGCAGCGAGCACCCUCAAAGCCUUGUGGAAGAGGAAGAAGAGGAGGAGAAGGAGGAUGACGAGCUGGUGGUGGAGGAGAAGCGGAUGGUCCCACAGAUCAAAGCAGAAAUUUUCCACGCUCUUCAUCCAAUCCAGGAGGAAGAGGAACCGGCUGAAGCCCCCGAGGUGGCGGAAGAAUCGGGAGCGCGCUUUUUUCUUCACCCCAACAGCGAGCCGGUGUGGCUGGACAAGUGGCGGUACGAUGCUGCUGAGAGCCGUUUCCAUGGCAGCAGAGUGGAUGAAGGCCGCACGGUGUCGAAGAAUCGACGGCUGGAAGCAGAAACUCCUCCAGUUCCGUCUGUGGCCCAACAAAGGGACAAAAAAAUGAGUUCCGUAGACUUUUUGGCUCAAGAGAAGAUCUGGUUCGACAAACCUCGUUAUGACGAUGCAGAAAGACGGUUUUAUGAACGAAUGAACGAGUCGUCACAAUCCACACAGGACGCUAAGGCGAACUCCAUUCUUCAAGACAUUGCUCGAGCUCGGGAGAACAUCCAGAAAUCUUUAGCAGGGCUGAAGAAUACACUUUGUAAUAGAGGGUCAGCUGAGCCUUUCCAGAACCAGCAGGCUCAUCUUAGCGCCAGCAGCAACGGUGCAGCUGAUCAAGGAGAAAUCAUCUCUCGCAUCAACAGUCUGGAGCUGGAGAACCAGAGUUUACACAAAGUGGUGGACAACUUGCGAGCAGCUCUCUCCAAACUCGAAUGUCGAGUUGCAGUCCUUGAGAAAACUCCUGCUCCAGUGGCUCCAGCUCUCUCCGUCCCCUGCACAAACGGUACGACUGUCCAGCAGAAACGCACUCCACUUAAAGAUGACGACGACGAUGACGAUGAUAUUGACCUGUUCGGUAGCGAUGAAGACGAAGAAGCAGAGAAACUUAAAGAGCAAAGACUGAAGGAAUAUGCAGAGAAGAAGGCAAAGAAACCCGCCGUCAUCGCCAAGUCCUCAAUCUUACUGGAUGUCAAACCUUGGGACGAUGAAACGGACAUGGCGAAGCUGGAGGAGUGCGUGCGCUCGGUUCAGGCUGACGGUCUGCUGUGGGGAACGUCCAAACUGGUUCCUGUGGGUUACGGCAUCAAGAAGCUCCAGAUCGCCUGCGUGGUGGAGGACGACAAGGUGGGAACAGACCUGCUGGAGGAGGAGAUCACCAAGUUUGAAGACUAUGUCCAGAGUGUUGAUGUAGCAGCAUUCAACAAGAUCUGACCCCUCCGAGCUUUUCAUCAUGCCUUGCUUCUCUGUUGAUUGUGUCAACGGUUAAUAAUAAAAUUCUUGCACUG